UGGCUUCACGAACACAUCUAGACGCGUGAGGGCAAUCUCAACUCAGGUGACCGAUGCGCUUCGUCUUGACCUAGAAGAGCAAAAACUUAAGUUAUGAAUGAAAAUACUUGAUGGACUAUCCAUAGAUUUUUUUAUUUAAAACCACUGAAAGAACUAUCUUAUCUAACCUUUUUCAAAGCCUUUCAAGUGCCAUCCGCUACGUUGGAGAGAGACGAGGAACGCGUGGGAUUUGUUUGCAAGCUGGACUCUGGGUCACCCGUCGGAUUUGAGUAAAAUUUAUGUAUUUACAAAGAAAAUAUUCAUUUUCAGCGACCAGGGGAAGCCAGAAGACAGCGCGAGGCAGAACAAGAAAAGCGUGGAGAGUGACUAUCACUAGAUGAGUUUCGCGCGCGGGCGCGCUUCAUGAGGGGAGAUGCAUAUACUGAUGUUUUGGAGACCUCCAACAUUUCUGUUUAUCACCUUACUGUGGGUGUUUUCAGGUGAUUCUCAUCGGGUGGAGAUGCCAAUGAAAGACAUAGAGGUAAUUAUGGGACAAAUGGUCGUACUGGAGGCCUGGUACACCCCUACCACUGCCAUUGAGAAGAACACAGUCAUCUGGAGCUUUAACACAAAACAAAUCAUUUCAUACUCCUCAGGACAGAUCGGCAUCGGCAGCACUGAAUUUCAGAGACGGGUGGGCUUUGCCACGUCCAUGCCCUCUGCCAACCUGUCUAUCUACAUCAACAACACACAGGAGACAGAUUCAGGAAGCUACCUUUGCAACGUCAUCAUUCCUGGAGCUCCAGGACUUUGGGGAGACCUUCGUCUUAACGUUAAAGUACCUCCAUCCACGCCUGUGUGCUCCAUGUCUGGGAAUCCUGUAGUGAAUGGCAAUGUGACACUGAGCUGUAAAUCCAGCUAUGGCAAACCGGUUCCUCAGUACAAGUGGACCAAAGCAGCUCCUGUCUCUGAGGUCUUCUUCUCUCCCAUGCAAAAUGAGAGGCAAGGCACCCUUCGACUUAGCAACCUCACUAAGAACAUGUCCGGCAAGUAUGUCUGCCGUGCAAGCAACACAGCCGGGACAGACAGCUGUCAUAUCAAUUUAGAGGUCUCUGCACCUAACAAUGCAUGGGUCAUCGCUGGAGCCACGGUGGGAUCUGUGGUGGGCCUGAUGGCUCUUGUCUUAUUCCUCAUUUUUAUCCUAAGGAGAAACAGUGACACAGAGGAAGAGAUGUCCAAUGAUAUCAAGGAAGACGCACAGGCCCCUAAACGUGUUUCCUGGGCAAAAAGCGGCACAGGAUCAGACAUCAUAUCAAAGAACGGCACAUUAUCCUCCAUAGCAAUGAGUCCUCCACCACAGGACCCUCGCUAUCAACCCAACAACCAUUACUUGUACCCUCCAGGUGCCUCCGAAACGGCCUCCAUCCUCACAGCUUCUGGCAGCACCACCACCUACCGUCUCCUCCCGGGAGAGCCCAACCCACUUCACGGUCUGCCUGGAUACAACGUGAGCAACACGCCCAAUCACACACAGAACAACCCUCAUCGCAAUCACAGCUUAUCUACAAACAGGACUCAGGGGCCGCAGCCACAGGCCCCACCACACAUGCCCAUAAACUCUGCCACUCUGUCCCGCAUGGGUGCCGUGCCAGUCAUGGUACCCACCCAGAAUCAUGUGGGUUCACUGGUGUAGCAAAUACAGUGCCCCAAAAGUCAACGUGUGUGCUAAGAAAAACUCUGAAAGGGUGGUUUUCAUCAAUGGUGGUAAUUGAUGUGACAGACAUUGAACUUUUUUACAUUACAGUACAGUGAGUACUGUAAGAUGCAUUUAGCGGUCUAUUUUUUUUUACUUACUGAGAAUAUUUGUGUUUGAUGAAGAACAAAUCUGUUGUUUUUACCAUCUUCAUUUCAAUUCCUUAUACGUAAUGAGAACAGCAGUUUUUAUUUAUUUGACACAUAUAACAAAUUUGUCUCACAGUGUGUAUGCAAUGAUGGUAUAAAGACAAAACGAAUAUUGUCCCACUGUUUAAAUUUUGAUUUUUAGAUAUAUCGAGAUAUUUAGUUGGUUAUCAGUUGGCUAGUACAUGGUUUCUGUGCCUAUUGUGCCUACUGUAUGUUUCUCUCAGGAGUUUUCUUCCAAGACAAGGAGAGAAUAUAAUGUUUAAAAAAAUGUAACAACCCACGAAUAUGUUAAAGAUUAUGAAACAAAUUCCAGAUUGUUUACUGUAAAUUGCUGAUGUUUGUUACAUGGAAGUAUACAUUUAGCUUUUAUGAUUUGAUGACUUGAAUAUUGCAGAUAGUGUUUUAUUUUUUUGUUAAAUAUUUGUGUUAAAUUUUAAUGUUGUAUUCGGUGCGGUAAAAAAACAAACAGUUAAUGAUAUCAUCUGCUCUGUUACUUGACUUUGUCCUCAUACUUUCAGUUUGAAAUUGGCAUCAUAUAGCAUUUAAAGUGUAAUGGUGUUAUAAAUGUCCACUUGUUGGAAGCACAGGAGUGGAAAUAAGGCAUAAAGAGGAAAUUGCCUCCGGGUUUUAGAAGUGUUACAAUGGUUUGUUAAAGAUGUGAAGUUGCUUAUGUGGCAUUUGAUUUAAUUUACACAAACCAUAUUAACAUGUAAUUUCUAAAACAUUG